AUGGCGACUACCACCACUUUACCACGGCCUUCACGACCUCCAACCACACCACUACCCUCGUUACCGGUCUCGAAAUCGCGAAAAUCCUCAGUCUCUUCCAUUCAUACAGCUCCUUCACAGGGCCGUCGUGGCUCGGCGGCAUCAAUCACUGUCCCGUCCGCCCCAAAACCUUCCGCAUCGCGAUCGGUGUCCUCUGGAAUCCCGACACGACCCCCAAAGAAUGCUUCUACACCCGCAAUACCGACCGUAAACGGUGCUUCGAAGCCGCCAUCCGCUUCUACCACCACUCCCUCGGGCACUGCCACUCCUGGACGUUCUCUCCGUCAAACGGUCAGCAUUGGCGCCUUUCCACAACCUCCCCGGAACGCUCAACGCUCCACUUCACACCCCCCGUCUCCCCUCUCCCACUCCGCUACCAACGCCUCUGGAGACACUCUUAAGACGCUUCGCACCCCGUCGGGCACCCAUACCUCUCGCGUCGUACCUCCCCGCACCUCCUCCAAACCCCACCCACGCGUCUCGCUUCGCAAAUCUUCCUCCACUACUUCAGCCGUAUCGCUUCUGUCCGGUGGUGAAUACCGAUCGAUCAACAGCGCCACGUUGCUCUCACUACCUACCUCACCCCUCAGCCGUGCAUCUAGCGUGGACAACCUAUCCUCGAUCACAUUCGAGGACGACGACGAUUUUGGGAGGGGGCGGGAUUUGAUGAGGGGGAGUAAAGAAGACAUGGCCUAUGGUAGUGGGAAGUCGGUGGAAGGGGGUCGCAGACACAGUGAAAAGGAUGGGGGAAAGGGGAACGUGCUGGUCAGUGUCCGAGUGCGGCCUGAUGUUGGGCAUGAUGGACAAAAGAGCGAAUUGGAGUGGAUGGUUGACGGAAGACGGUCUUUGAUAUCGUAUCGUGGAAGGGAAGGGGGAGAGUAUUAUUAUGACAAUGUCUUCGCUGCGCACGACCAGAAUGCCAAAGUCUACGAUUCUGCCGCAAAGCGUCUCGUGCGCCGUGUCAUGGAGGGUUACCACGGCACCGUUUUCGCCUAUGGUAUGACAGGCACUGGUAAGACCUUUUCCAUGCAAGGUACGGCCACCAGCCCUGGUGUGAUCCCACUUGCCAUCACCGACAUCUUCUCCUUCAUCCGCGAAACGCCCCAUCGAGAAUUCUUGCUGCGGGUCAGCUAUCUGGAAAUCUACAACGAGAAGAUCCACGACCUGCUAUCGACCCCGGCUGCCGGUGUGAACGGAAUGACGGGAGGUCCGCAAGAAGAGAUUAAACUACGGGAGGAUAGCAAGAGAGGCGUCUACGCCACGCCGCUGAAGGAAGAGAUCGUACAGAGCCCGACGCAGUUGCUGAGAGUGAUCGCUAGAGGUGACAAUUCUAGGCGGACCGGAUCGACGCAAUAUAACGCGAGAAGUUCCCGUUCGCAUGCCGUCGUGCAGAUCGUCGUUGAGUCGCGGGAACGAAGUUCACCACCUGGCGCCUCGGCCCCAGGCGCCGACAAGCGAACGGGUAUUGCUCCAGGUGGUGUUCGCGUGAGUACACUAAGCUUGAUCGAUUUGGCCGGGAGUGAACGGGCUGCAGAAAAUAAGGAGCGAAGGACGGAGGGAGCGCACAUCAAUAAGUCCCUGCUUACGCUUGGAACUGUCAUCGGAAGAUUGUCCGGGGAUAAAGAUGGAGACAAGAAGGGGGAUGGCAAGGAGAAAGAUGGUAAAGACGGCCUCAAGCAUUUACCUUACCGCGACUCGAAACUCACCCGACUCCUCCAACCCGCACUCUCAGGGAACUCUCUGGUUUCAAUCCUUUGUACCAUCCAAAUCGGGUCUGCGGGAUCCGUGGCGAGCGCUCAGAAUCACACUGGCGAGACGUUGAAUACUCUCAAGUUCGCUUCUCGUGCCAAGAACAAUAUCGUCUCGCACGCCAAAAAGGCGGAGGAAGCUCUCGCAGGUGAUGCAACUUCCCGAGCUCUUCUUGACCGGUAUCGAGUGGAAAUCCUCGAGCUCCGUCGCCAGCUCGAAGGGCAGAAGGACGUUUCAUCCAAAGGCGGCGCAUCGGGCGCGAUAGGCGAGCCCGAUCAUGAUCCGGAGUCGGCCGCUCUCGACGCCGAGGAAGAGCGUGAGCGGAAGGCCAAAGAAGAGGAAGAGAUGCAAGCUCGCCACGAAGAGCAAAUGCUCGAGAUGCAGCUUGCACGUACCGCCCUGAAAGAGCGAAUCGAGCACCUCAACCGCCUCAUUCUAUCAUCGAAAUCCAUCGGCGUCAAUCACACACAUAAUAUGACCGUACCUCGCAGCGUCUCCGCCCUGGGCAAUAGGCCUACUGCCCAUUCCUCCCGCCAAUCCCUCAUGUCCGCCGCCGAUCUUCAACUCCCUCUCAGCCGCCAAGCGUCCACCACCUCCGCCCGAUCUGCCUCCACGACCACCCUCGACGCAAACGGCGCUCCACAUCCUCCCACCGCCCUUCGCCGCACCGAAUCCGGCUCCGCUUCCCUCCGCUCCCUCCAGCGCCACACCUCCGCCUCCCGCCUCUCCACCGCCUCCACCCCCGCCACCCACGGCGUGCACCCAUCCCCAGCCCUCAACUUUGCCGCCUCCGACGCCGACUCGACCGACAGCCUCGGUAGCAACGGCGACGGCACCGCGUCCCUCUCAACCCAACUGCACGCGCUGCGCGCCGACGUCGCCGACAAAAACCGCUACAUCAAUACGCUCGAGCGCCGCCUGCUGCAGGCGCGCCGCAGCUCCAGCAGCCGUAUCUCCAGCGGUUUCUUCGGCGGGCCGAGCGGUGCCGGCACGAGCUUCUGCGUCGCGUGUCGCGAGUCCGCAGCGAAGGACGGGAAGGACGGCGCGGGGGUCGAAGUAGUGUUCCAGGAGAAGGACCGGGAGAUCAGCGAGCUGAGGGGCCGGGUGGGCGAUCUGGAGCGGAUGUGUCAGGCGCUGAGGUCGCGGUUGCGGCUUGGGGAUCUGAAGGUCGACACGGGGAAUGGGGUGGGGUUGGGAUUGAACGUUGGUGGCUCCCCUGCGAGUCGCACGGUCAGCCCGAUUCUGGUGAACAAGCGAGCGAGCGUGCGGAGUCAGAGUAGCGGCGGGAGUGGUGGGAGCGCAGGCAGCGCCGCCGCGUUGAACGCCGCGGGGCCGGUGGCAACGAACGAGGCAGGGCCGGUGGCACCGAACGGGGUGAAGCACACGCCGGUUGCGCUGCUGAACGGUGGCACGGAGAAGGAGACGACGGAAGGCGAAGAGCGACGGCGGGGCGUCGAGGAAAUGACGCGGUUGCUGGAUCAGAUGAUCACGGAGCGGAGCCGGAUGAGCUUUGCGGGGGGCGUCUUGAAUAUUGAUGGGGACGAAAAGGCGGAGGGAGGCGCGGUUGGAGGCGCGGUUGGCGGCGUGGUUGGCGGCCCAGCGCUCGGCACCACGGAAGAGGAGGAGGUGAGGGUGGAUAGUGGCAUUGUGGUCGGGAAAUGA